UUCAACAACACCAGAAUCAUUAAUCAGAUCACAAUCUUGAUACUACAAAGAUUGUCAAAAUGACCACCGUUACUCUCACAAGCUCCGAUGGCGUUGACAUCACGGUCGACCGCGAUGUUGCCGAACGGUCGAUUCUUAUCAAGAACAUGCUGGAGGAUUUGGGCGAAUCGGACGAGGCCAUUCCUAUUCCAAAUGUCAACGAGGUGGUGCUGAAGAAGGUUAUUGAAUGGUGCACUCAUCACAAGAACGACCCUCCCAGCACCGGUGAUGACGAUGACUCUCGCCGCAAGACUACCGAUAUUGAUGAGUGGGACCAGAAGUUCAUGCAGGUCGACCAGGAGAUGUUGUUUGAAAUCAUCUUGGCUGCCAACUACCUCGAUAUCAAAGCUCUCUUGGAUGUCGGCUGCAAGACUGUUGCGAACAUGAUCAAGGGCAAGUCCCCGAAGAGAUUCGUAAGACCUUCAACAUUCAGAACGAUUUCACUCCCGAGGAGGAGGAUCAAAUCCGCCGUGAGAACGAGUGGGCCGAGGAUCGCUAAAUGCGAACCUGUUUUAACGUCACAAAAUCUCGGACUCUCUCUCUGGCUGUCGAGGGGCAGCCACCUCGUCACGCAAUGAGUUUUAUCGGUCUAAAGAUAAAUUCAGUCUACGGCGUUCGGCUUCAUAACUUUCUAGCGGUUGUUUGCUUCUUCACUGGCUGUUAUCUUCGGGGCUUGUCAGCCCGGGUUCGUUUCCGCUUCUUUCGAAUAAAUGGGCGAGGCUUCUGCUCUUAUACCAG